CCUUGACAACCGAAGCGGGGCUGCGCUUCGGGCCCGGCCGCGGCCCCGGCGGGAGCAGCAUCCCCUGCUGGGGAAGCGUUUCCCGCCGCCUCCGCCGAAGCCGGGCCUGCUUUCUCGAUGCCCGGGGCCGACCGCUAGCCUCGGCUCCUUCCCGGAACCGCCCCGCCUGUCACCGUAAGAGGACCAUGGGCGAACCGGCAGAGGGGAAAAAGGAAGAAGCGGAUUAUAAGAGAGUUCACACCUUCCCUCUGGUCAGGCACACGGAUAUGCCGGAAGAGAUGCGGGUGGAAGCCAUGGAGCUGUGCGUCACGGCCUGCGAGAAGUUUGCCACCAACAACGAGAGUGCUGCCAAGAUGAUCAAAGAGACGAUGGAUAAGAAGUUUGGAUCCUCCUGGCACGUGGUGAUUGGCGAGGGCUUUGGCUUUGAAAUCACCCACGAGGUGAAGAAUCUUCUCUACAUGUUCUUCGGAGGCAGCUUGGCUGUGUGUGUCUGGAAGUGUUCCUGAUAGCCCCACCUCCCACACACUCAGUCCCACCCCCAAACCCCACUGCCCCCUUCAACCUGCAGCAGGGUGGAGAAGCAGCCUCAGGCAGGCCCUGGCUUUUAGAAGGGAAGUUAGGGUUUUUUUCUUUUUCUAGCAUAGGGCCAGUUUUCUGGGUUACAUGCGCUCUCUCUCUCCCUCUCUCUCUUCCCCACCUCCUGUGUGUAUGUGUGUGUGUGUCUGUCCCCCCCCAAUUUAUGGACUAUUUCACCCUGAGAAUAGGGGCAUUGGGGAGGGGCAGGUGGGGAUUUAUCCUUGAAAGGUGAUUCCAGAUUGAAAAGGAGGAGCAGGGAGCCCAGUAAACCCCACUCACUCCUCAUCUCUGUCUUGUCUUCCCCCCGCACCCCGUCCCAUCCAGGUGUCACAGUUUGGAAUAACUCCGGGUGCUGGUCCCCUCCUCGUCCCCGCACCCGCUCACCAUCCCACCCCCGGCACCUGGCUAGGUCUCUCCCUUUCUCCCCAGUGUAGGCAGGGACCACCUCUUGAUUGACAGCUAAAUGUUCUCCUGCCUCUCUUCUUUCCCUGCUCUCCCCAACACCCUCCCCCCACCACCCAUAAUGAAUCGUCCCUAUCAUCUCCUCCAUAACGGGACCAUGUCUGAAAGGGGGUGGAAAACCGGCUUCUUAACCAUUCACGUCCCUCAGCCACCGUGCAGCCCCACUACCCAUUUUCACCCUUCUACCCCUUGCACAGCUGACAGCACACAGGGGCGGAGGGAAGGGGCUCUUCCCAGCUGGGGUACCUUAGCCUUGGACCGUCACCCAUACCACUGCUGAGGUAAGAGGUCAAGACUCCCCCCACCCCCCAGCAACCCCCAAUUCCAAACACUAACUUCCUCGGGGAGAGCUGGGUGGCCUCCACCUUAUUCAUCGGGAACCUCCUGUACGUUUGUACUUCUCAGUGGCGGUUUUUCUAUUUUAUUUUUAAGCGUUGCGGGAGGGAGUCGAUCGGAUGGACCGUAUUUUACAGAACGAUGUAUUUAUAUGAACGUUUUGGGGUUUGACAAUUAAAACGACCGAAACCAGA